AUGAAGCUAAUAGUGUCUCUUAUGUUUUUAAUGUUUUUGUCUGUUUUGGUUGUAACAUGCAAUGCAACCAAAGAUAUUUUCAUAUUGGCUGGACAAAGCAACAUGGCUGGUCGAGGAGGUGUUUUUAAUGGAAAAUGGGUAGGUGUUGUUCCAAAAGAAUGUACGCCAAGUCCAUCAGUUUUGAGACUAAGUGCAAAACUAGUUUGGGAAGAAGCCCGUGAGCCUCUUCAUAGAGAUAUCGAUGUCGGAAAAACUUGUGGAAUUGGGCCUGGGCUUGCAUUUGCAAACGAAAUAGUUAGAAUGAGAGGUGGUGGUGGUGGUGGAUAUGUUGUGGGACUUGUUCCUUGUGCUGUUGGUGGAACGAGAAUUGAAGACUGGAGAAAGGGUGCUCCGUUGUAUAAUCAAUUGGUGAGACGAUCUAUUGAAUCGGUUAGGAAUGGUGGGGGUGUAAUAAGAGCACUUCUUUGGUAUCAAGGUGAAAGUGAUACCGUAAGAGAAGAAGAUGCUAAGGCUUAUAAGGCAAGAAUGGAGAGUUUUAUUAUGAAUAUUCGAUCGGAUCUUAAACUACCAAAUCUUCUUGUUAUUCAGGUAGCACUUGCAUCGGGAGAAGGCAAGUUUAUAAAUAUGGUGAGAUAUGGUCAAUUGAAUAUCAAACUUCCUAAUGUUAGGUGUGUUGAUGCUAAAGGAUUGCGUCUCAAGAGUGAUAAUCUUCACCUUACAUCAAUGUCUGAGGUUUAUUUGGGCAUUCAAUUAGCUCAUGCUUAUCUUGCUUCCCCCGGUCAUCACUUUAAUAAUACACAAAUUAGCUAA